AUGCGCAUUACACAUUCUGUACUUCAAAGUCCAUUGACGGCGCUGGAGCUAGCUGCGGCCUGGUGUAUCCUCCUCAAGGACUAUGUGGGCUCCUCGGAACUUUCGUUUCUACUGACUGAUGUGACUGUCGGUUGGCCUGGUAUACAAACCAAGGCAAUUGAUGUCGUCCUACAAGAAAAGGAAACAUUAGCCCAGCUAUAUGACCAGAUACAACCGCAAUUAUCCACGAAGGCAAGACUGGAAGAAACCAGGCCUAGAACACCGCUUCGGACCCAUUUGUAUAUCUGGUCUCAGGAGCGACACUUUGGGGGAUAUCUGACCGUGGAACAAGAAGCAGAUAUUGAUCUACAGAUUCAUUGCGCUCUUCAGAAGGAUGGAACGGAAAUUAGUAUUGUUAUUCCUUCUAAGUUUCCUACCAGCAAACCGUUCAUGACGAAUUGCAGCAUUAGCCGCAUGCUCUGCCAACUUGAACAGGCUCUACGACAAAUACUGAUACCCAAUAACACACAAACACCCAUAUAUACAAUCAACACCGCAAGUGAGCAAGAUCUACGUGAUAUCUGGACCUGGAAUAGCCAUGUCCCUAAUGCCAGCAAAACAACUGCUAUUGAUAUUUUCUUGACGCACGUUCAACAGCGGCCCAACUCCGUCGCCGUGGAUGCGUGGGACGGCAAGCUAACGUACCAAUGUCUCGAUAUCCUUUCAACAAAAUUGUCCAUCCGUCUAACACAUUCUGGCGUGUCUCACGGAGAUAUCGUCCCUAUUUGCUUCGAAAAGUCACUCUGGACCCCCGUCGCGAUCUUUGCUGUCAUCAAAGCUGGAGCCGCUUUCGCCCUGCUGGACGAGUCAUGGCCACAGGCGCGUCUCCAACAACUGUCAUUGGUCCUUGGCUCCAAGGUAAUUGUGGUUCUCUCAUCGGCGGCACAGCAGCACCGUGCCCAACUUCUUUCAUCGAAUGUUAUUGUGGUGGAUUCUCGUUUGCGCGAUCGUGAGUCGUCACUGAACGCUAGUAUCAAACGGAGGCAGAGUUCCCCCUCAGAUUCCAUAUAUAUUGUCUUUACUUCGGGAACAACGGGUGUCCCAAAAGCAGCUAUCAUCUGCCAUUCAAAUGUAUGCGCCUUUGCCACCGCAGUAGCGCGUUUGAGCGGUGUCUCUCAGAGCUCCCGGAUCCUCGCUCUUGCAUCAUACGCAUAUGAUGUCUCAUUAGGGAACGUUUUUUUAAGUCUAUUAUCCGGGGCCUGUCUUUGCGUUCCAUCCUCGUGGGAAUGUAAAAACGAAGUUGGCAUGCUCGUUGCACACUAUCGGAGCACACACUUGCAAACAACACCCUCCAUAUCGAAGAUGCUGAACCCUUCGGAUGCCCCGACGCUAGAAGUGUUGGACCUUGGUGGAGAGCCCUGCACUGAGGAUGCCAUUUCUAGAUGGCGGACAAGCCGAACACGAGUAAUGAAUGGCUACGGACCGGCAGAGUGCACAGUGCUCUCCGUGGUUAAUACAAACGUACUUCUAUCUCCUCGACCAUCGAUCGUUGGUAAUGGGCUAGGCGCGUGUUGGAUCAUGGAUCCCAUUGAGCGGCAACGUCUGAGCCCGAUUGGGGGGAUUGGCGAGCUGGUAGUAGAAGGGCCUAUGGUUGGCGCGGGUUACCUCCAUGACGAGAAAUCCACGACGGCGGCCUUUUUAGACAGCCCUGAAUGGUUGCUUGGCGGUCUGCCAGGUGUAACUCCCGGCCGCCGAGGCCGCUUAUACCGCACUGGUGAUCUAGUAAGAUACACAGAUGAAGGUCUGAUUGAGUACAUUGGCCGGCGAGAUUCACAGGUCAAAAUCAGGGGUCAGCGAGUUGAACUUGGGGAGCUAGCUGCACACUUACACAGUUUGAUUCCUUCAACUAUCCAGUGGUGUCCAGAAGUGGCUCAGUUACAUACGGGCAUAGAGCUACUGCUCGUCUUUUUGGUUCCACCGCCAUCUUGUGGAGAUGGUAGCACUGAGACUCUACAAAUCACCGUGGAUAGGGUUGACCACCAGCUUCGGCAACGACUGCCGCCAGCGAUGAUUCCUGGAGCUUACGUAGUGAUCAGCCAAAUUCCACUGUCACCUACAGGAAAAACAGAUCAUCGAAAGCUGAAGCAGAUGGCUCUGGAGCUUACAGAUAAUGAGCUGUUGUUUCCUUCAGCUAAGCCGGUUGAUCCUGUUAACCAAACUAAUGGAUAUGCUAGUACCAGCACCAACGAGAUGAAUGGCCAUGCGCAUUCGAUAAAUGAAUCUGAUCUGCCAUAUACCAACGGGCACAACGUAGAGCACACCCAGAGGCUCGACCGUGUCAUUAUGCGCCUUAAGCUUCUAUGGAGUGAGGUUCUUAAUAUUGACCCUGAAACAAUUCAAUCUUCGGAUACAUUUUUCAGCCGGGGCGGAGAGUCGCUUGCAGCUAUCCGCCUGGUUGACCAAGCAGCACGGGAAGGAAUACACCUCGACGUCGCUAUGAUAUUCAGACAUUCGCAGCUUACCAAACUUGCGGCCGCUUGCCAGUGGUCCACCGUCUCAUAUAAAGCCCCUCCACGUCCAUUCUCACUGCUCAUCAACCUCUCCAUUCUGGCUCAACUCUGCAAUACAACUGUCGACAAUAUCGAGGAUGCGUAUCCAUGUACUCCGAUGCAGGAAGGGUUAAUCACUCCGGACGUCCAACGGAUGGCGACGUACCAAGGACAUGCCGUACUGACACUGCCUCACCACAUUGACGCAGAGCGUCUUGUACAUGCCUGGCAACGGGUAGCUGCUGUAUACCCAAUCCUACGGACACGUAUCGUCGACGUUUACCCGAAACAGCUCCUACAAGUGGUGCUGAAAGAAGCCCAGCUAUACUCUGACAACAAUAACCUUAACGAUCUUGGUCUGUAUCUUGAAGAGGACAAGCGGCAGCUGAUGGGGCUCCGGACCCCAUUGUGCCGCUGGGGCAUUGUGCGUGAGCUUGGGUCGACGCAUUUCGUCCUCACAAUGCACCACGCGAUAUAUGACGGGUGGACAAUAUCUCGGCUGGGAGCUGAGGUGUUCCGUGUCUACCAAGGGGUACGACCUCCCCCAACCUUGGGGUUCAAUGUCUAUAUCCAACACCAAAGCGCCCAGUCUUCACAGGCGGCUCGAGAAUUCUGGGAAUCCCAGUUUGCGGACCCAGAGAAAACAACGGUGUUCCCAGGCCUGCCAAAUGAGAAUCGGCAACUGAAUGUGGAUUCGCUACACUCCAAGGCCUUCCCAGUUCCGUUAAAUGCUCAUAAAGGCAUUUCAAUCCCUUCUCUAUUGCGGGCUUCCUGGGCGUUACUGGUUGCCCGGCUUUCAGGUAAUAACGAUGUAACCUUUGGAGCCACAGUGUCUGGCCGCAACGUUCCUAUACCUGGAAUUGCUGACCUUAUGGCACCCACUAUCUCUACUAUACCCGUGCGUGUCAGGCUAGAUGGAGUCGAGACAGUGGAGAGUUUUGUGGCGCGAGUACAGGCAGAAGCGCUGGAUGCCAUACCAUUCGAGGGAUUAGGUCUACAGAACAUCCGCAAAAUUUGUGCCAACACUAGAAAGGGAAGCCAAUUCCGAACGCUUUUCAUCGUACAUCCUCCCACCCCUACUAGGCUAAUGGACUUGCCUGCCAAUGGACCUGCCGAAGAGGAAUUGAAACGGAUGCUAGACGGGCUAGAUUUGACUACAUCGUUGUCCAACUUUAACGAAUAUGCCUUGAUGCUACUGAUUACACAACAGGAGGAUAGUUUGGUGGUAAACGCUAGUUAUGAUUCCCAGGCUAUUUCUACAGAACAAAUGGAGUGCCUCCUAGAGCAGUUCGCUUACACCGUGCAGCUAAUUAGCCGCCCGGAAUACCUGGGGCGCAGUCUAAAGGAUGUCAGUGUCACCGGCCCCAGUGAUCUUGAGACUCUAUGGUCCUGGAAUGGUACGCCUGCCGCCAUGGUACACGAACUUAUUCAUGACAAAAUUGCCCGAACGAUUGCCCUUCAUCCAGAUUCCCCGGCUCUCUGCUCUUGGGAUGGAUCAAUGAACUUUGCUGAAGUAGACGCAACUGCAAAUGGCCUUGCCCGCGUUCUCCACGCAAAGGGGGUUGGCCGAGGCAGCCUCGUUCCAAUCUGCUUGCAAAAGUCUAAGUGGGCUGCAGUUGUUAUGCUAGGAAUUUUGCGUGUCGGGGCUGCCUUUGUCUGCAUGGAUAUCGGACGGCAGUCGCUGCAACGGCUACGGGCAAUUGUAGCAGAGGUUGGGGCCUCUUAUGUUGUGACAGUUUGUCGAGAUGCUUCCCUCGCCCUCCAGCUUGUCAAGGAUAUUAUUAUAUGUGACCGUCUUGAAGAAGCUCCAUUCCUCUUUCCCCCUAAGCUGCUGGUUCCUCCGAUAAGCUUGUCAUCUUCCGACACGGCGUUCGUCAUCUUCACUUCUGGUAGCACUGGCGUCCCAAAGGGAAUUAUGAUCUCACACGAGAGUUUCUGCACUACCAUCCCCCAUCACUCCAGAGAGUUACGACUAUCCCACCACUCUCGGGUUUAUGACUACGCCUCGUACAGCUUUGACAUAGCAGUCCACAAUGCUCUAAUGUGCCUUGUUUUGGGGGCGUGCUUAUGCAUCCCAAGCGAAGAUGACCGCUAUAACGAAAUUGAAGGAUCUAUGGAGCGACUGCGCGCCAAUUGGGCUAAUUUCACCCCUACUGUGGCACGGCUGCUCGAUCCUACCACUAUCCCGAGCCUUCAGACACUUGUGCUCAGCGGCGAGGCCGUAGGGAGGGACCUGAUCAUACAAUGGGCGGGCAAGGUCGACCUCAUCAACGCUUACGGCCCCGCAGAAUGCCAAAUCUGCACUAUCCGGACAGGACUGCUCAGUCCGCAGGAUGAAGCUAACAUCGGUCGUGGAGUAGCAUGCUCCACAUGGAUCAUAGAUCGCGAUCGUGAUGGGCUGGCUCCGGUAGGCGCCGUGGGCGAACUCUGUAUCGAAGGGCCGAUUGUGAGUUCAGGCUACCUUAAUUUUCCAGAUGACAUGUUCAUGCAGGACCCCCCCUGGCUGCGUCAGGGGCCUUCAGAAAUUCAAGGCCGAAGUGGGCGUGUGUUUCUCACUGGGGAUCUCGCACGGUAUCAACCUGAUGGCACUAUCCGCUAUCUUGGGCGAGCGACCACGCAUUCCAAAAUCAAUGGCCAACGCAUAGAGUUGGGCGAAAUCGAGUUUCAUAUUCGUCAAUAUCUUCCCGCCUUCAGGGACGUGAUAGCUGAAAUAAUUGCUAUUGAGGAAAGUCGGUUAAUUGGCAUAUUUCUCCACUCGUCCACGAUGAAUGGCGAAUCCAGUGACGCGAUCCAGCUGAUACCACCGCCGCAUGGGCUAGAGAACUGGGUUCAAAGUUUUAUGUUACCUUCCUUGAGUUGGCCCGUAUUCUUUUUCGUUCCCAAGAUGCCUUUAACACCGAGUGGUAAAGUAGACAGGAACAUCCUCCAACUCGCUGCGGCGAGGUUUUCCCUUCAAGAUUUGAUUUCUCUGCGCUCCAUGGAAAGCCAGGAUGAGGAUGGCAGGAAAGAGUGGAAUGGCCUUCGACAGAAAAUGAGGUCUAUAUGGUCUGAGAUACUCAGCCUAGACCCGCUGAACAUCAGCAUCAACAGCGAUUUCUUUCAGCUGGGAGGCGAUUCAAUCUCCGCCAUGCGCCUAGUUAGGGCAGGUCGCAAGCAUGGGUUUGUAUUUUCAGUGCGAGACGUGAUGCGUUGCUCGCGAUUCGAAGAUCUUUUUCUAAUAGCCAAACCUGACAUUCAAAAUGAGGAGCAGCGUCUUGACAUACUCCCAGUCGCUCCUGUUUUUGCUAUGCCAGUUGUCAACAGAGAUGAAGUCAUCGCAUCAGCUGCAAAAGUAUGCAUGCUCAACCCUGACGACAUCCUCGAUAUCUACCCUUGUACAGCCUUUCAAGAAGGGGUGUUCACUCAGACGGUCAGCAAUCCAUCAGCCUACGUGCAGCAGACGAGCCUCCGGGUACCGGGCCAUUUGAGCCUUGAUCGGGUGCUGGCUUCCUGGGACGCAGUCAUUGCUUCAACCCCGAUUCUGCGCACACGUAUUGUGCAGGUCGAGAAAGCAUCUCUCAUGCAGGUAGUUAUCCGCGAGACGCCCGCAUGGGAAUCCCAUGAGACAAUGGAGCAGUAUUUACACCACAUCAACCAAACGCCUAUCGGCCUGGGCACGCCACUCUCCCGGUUUGGCCUCAUCCGUCAAACUGCCCAGUCAUCCCAGCGUCCUAUCGUCGAGCACACAUUAAUCUGGACCAUCCACCACUCCCUAUACGAUGCCUGGACUAUCGAGCUUAUCCUCCAGGAUAAGCAGCGUACUGCAAGCGAGCAAUUCUGGCAACGCUAUGUUACGGGCGCGUCGGAUAUAGCCGUUUUCCCUAAAUUUCCCUCAACGGCUGCAUCAUCCGAGCCGACAUCCAUUCUUUGCAAGGAUAUUAGGCUGCCCACAACCCUGCCACCGGGCUACACAGUCGCUGACCUUCUCCGAGCUGCCUGGGCGAUGCUGAUGUCAAGACAAGGGGGCGAUGCCGUUCUUUUUGGUGAGAUGAGGCUAGGUCGAAAUGUUACUCUCUCUGGCGUGGAACAAAUGCGGGGACCGACCAUCGCAGCUGUACCUGUCUUAUUAUCUAUCGACCGAAAAGAGACAGUGGGAUCUUUCCUGAGCCGUGUUCACGGCAAUAGCCUAGAUAUGAGCGAAUUUGAACACCUCGGGCUGCAGAAUAUCGCUCGGCUCAGCAAUGAUGCAAAAGCGGCCUGCAAUUUCCAAACACUACUAGUUCUGCAAGGCCAUGUAAACAGCGCAGCGGUUGCUGAGUCUAUAUUCCAUGUGGAUGACACUCUUGAUGACAUUCGCCAUUUCAACAGCUGGGCCCUUAUGCUUGUCUUCAAACGCAGCCCUUCUGGCUUCGUCUCGCACGCUGUGUUCCGAGAGUCAGCUGUCUCAUCCCAUCUAGUAGAGCUGCUAUUACAGCAGGUUCAGUCACUAUUCCAGGAUCUAUGUACGAUGCCACUUGACACGCCUGUGGAAAGCCUUGAUCGGGCGAGCCCUGAAGACCUUAUUAAAAUCUGGGAGUGGAACGCCACUCCUCCAGAAACUGUUGAUAAGCUUGUGCAUCACCUCGUCUUCGAGCAGGCACGGAAACACCCAAAUAACUUGGCAGUGUUUGCUCAUGAUGGCCAGAUGACCUACAAAGAGCUUGACGAAGCGUCUUCUCACCUCGCUGUACAGUUAAUUGCUUGUGGUGUCGGCGUGGGCUGCUUUGUGCCAUUAUGCUUGGAGAAGUCUGUUUGUGUGCCUCUAGCCAUGCUAGCGGUGAUCAAGACCGGGGCAGCCUUCUGGGUCAUGGACAUCUUGUACCCGGAAAAUAUGUUACAGAGUACCACGCGGUCCCUAGAAGCAACGGUAGUCCUCGCUGGCCCUGGACAACUGGAGCUGGCAAAAAAGCUUUCUAAUGAUGUCUUCAUUGUUAGACACUUGAGUCUCACCCAGGCCGGGGAGGCCCGCCACACUUUAACACCUUUACCUCGUAAGUCUCACCACAUUAUGUAUAUCUGUUUUACGUCUGGGAGUACUGGUGUCCCAAAAGGGGUCAUGGUUACGCAUCGCAACCUAGCCUCUGCUGCUGUUUCCCAGACUAGCAGUUUAGGCUUCAGGCCCGAUGACAGAGUAUAUGAUUUUUCAUCCCACGCUUUUGAUGCGAAUAUCUGGCACACCUGGCUUACCCUGGUAGUCGGUGCGUGCCUUUGCAUCCCCUCGGAAGCCGACCGCAUCGGAGAUCUCUCUGGAAGUAUUGACCGUUUGGAAACAACCGCUCUCUUCUUAACUCCAUCAGUCGCUCGGACACUUGACCCAGGCAGCAUCCCCACUGUGAAGCGGUUGUAUCUUGGGGGAGAGGCUGUGACACCGCUAGACGUUUCCAUGUGGGCACAUCAGCUGGAGCUCUGGGGCGCCUAUGGGCCAACGGAACUUACACCCUUAUGUAUCUUCACCCGUCUUAAUCGGCCUGAGUCCGCUUCCAAUAUCGGCAAAGGCGUCGGUGUCUUACCGUGGAUAUGUAACCCGCAGAAUCAUAAUGAUCUUGUAGCGGUUGGAGUUGUGGGAGAGAUGGUUGUGGAAGGGCCCCUGGUGACCCUAGGCUAUCGUGGGCUUGCAGAACGCACCACGGCUGUCUUCAUUGAAGACCCUACCUUCCUUACCGCAGGUUCCCAGAAACAGCCUGGACGCAGGGGACGGCUAUAUAAGACUGGUGACCUCGCUCGCUAUACUCCAGAUGGCACGAUCGAAUACAUAGGUCGUGCUGAUAGUCAAGUCAAGCUUCGGGGGCAAAGGGUGGAAUUCGGAGAGAUUGAAUAUCAUCUUAAAUUUGCCCUUCCUACAGCUGUAUCAGUCUGCGAAGUUAUCACGCAUUCUUCAGGGCAACCCCUACUUGCUGCCUUUUGCGCAUUGCCGUCGGGCAUGCAGGACCUAGAUGUUGUCAAAGCCCGGUCCUAUCUUAGCAAGAGGCUACCACGAUUUCUUAUCCCCUCCGCAUUCUUAAUUGUUCCCGGGAUUCCAAAGAAUGUAGCGGGCAAAAUUGAUCGGCUGCAGCUUCGCCCGUUGGGGCCAGAACUUUUACUUCGCCAGAAUACCAGUGACUCGGAGGCAGUUAUACAUCCCUACGGUCCAUUUACCGAAAUGGAAACCAGAUUACAGAACUUCUGGGCUUUGGUACUAGGCCGGGCAGAUCAAAUAUACUUUCUUGAUAGCGACUUCUUUGACCUUGGCGCUGAUUCCAUUACGGCCAUGAAACUAUCGAAUCUGGCGCGCAAACACGAUCUUAGUCUCACGAUCCAGGACAUAACCCAUCAUCGUUUAAUCGCUUCAAUGGCGCUGUGUGUCCAACCGAUUGGCGCUCUAUGGAAAUCCCCGGCUCCCUUCUCUUUAAUUAAACCAUGCAAGCUUAACCCAGUCUUGGCUCAGGCGGCUUCAAUCUGUGACAUUCCACCUGAAGAGGUCAUGGAUAUAUAUCCCUGCACGCCAUUACAGGUUGAACUAUUUGCUCUAACCAUGAAGCAACAAGGAGCUUAUAUCAAGCGUUCAGUAUUCGACGUUCCUAAGCAUAUUGACUUUGUCAAACUUCGUCAAGCAUGGGAUACUGUAAUUGCUCUCCACCCGGCUCUAAGAACGCGCUAUGUAGACAUCAAGGGUCUAGGACUGCUGCAGGUUGUAGUGAAGACCCAGGCAUGGGAAUCUGCUGAUACGAUUGAAUCCUACCUAGCUAAAACCCCGAUACGGGCUGAACUGGGAACUCCUUUGUCCCAAUUAGCUGUCAUUUACAACAAGUCUGCACCAAAGAUUGUGUGGACGAUCCACCAUGCCAUGUAUGAUGGAUGGUCAAUUCAGCUCAUCGAGGAACAACUUUACAGGGCGUACCAAGACCAACGGGUACUCCCAUCGCCAUCCUUCAGCUCCUUCGUCCAGCACUUGCUGUUGCAGGAUCCCAACAAGGCGAAGGAGUUUUGGAGGUCUCGGCUAGCAGGAUGUGCUUCAGCAACCAUUUACCCUAACUUACCCUCACGGCCCUAUCAGGUGCAGCCGAGCCAGACGUAUAGCCGCACUAUAGACACCUCCGUCGCUACAGGAGUAAACUUGCAAUCUAGCAUCCAUUUAGCUUGGGCCUCGAUUGUCUCACAGCUCACUGAAGCAAAUGAUAUUGUGUUUGCCGCAACCUUGGCUGGGCGCGAUGCGUCUGUCCCCGGGAUCGAGCAGAUAGUAGGGCCAACCAUCGCCCCUGUACCCAUCCGCAUUCAACUGCGUGGUCCAGAGCAGGCAGUCCAGGACCUGAUAGACGAAAUUGAACGGAAAACAGCCAACCUUGCUCCCUACCAGCAUAUAGGGACCAAAAACAUUGCACUUAUUGAUUCUGAUACUUGCGCAGCCUGCCGCUUUCAAACCCUUGUCGUUAUCAUUCCUCCAAACACCGCAGAGUCUAGUCAUGCCAUACGGACAGCAACGUAUGAUGUGGCUGGCGCAGAGAAACAAGCAUUCCACACAUUUGGGCUAGUAUUCUUCUUCACGCCUUCUCAGAAAGGAUUGGAUCUUGAAGUUGUCUUCGACCCUGUUUUGCUUGAUCAACGGGAAGUGGAACGCAUGUGCGGACGCUUCCAGGCUGUCCUCUCCUCCUUGGUCGAAACUGACCUUUCGACCCUUUGCGUAGGUGAUAUCGAAUGUCUCAGCAAAGAGGACAUGCAAGAUAUACGAAGCUGGAACUCUCCAUUGCCAGUGUCCAGAGAACGCCUUGUGCAUGAUAUCAUCCUUGAUAGCGCUAGAAAGCGUUCUCAUAAAGUGGCAGUUGAUGCUUGGGAUUGUAGCAUAACGUAUGCUGCUCUGGAAAUGCAAUCCAGUCAAUUGGCAGCACACCUGCAUGGGCUUGGAGUGAGGCGUGGCUCCAUUGUGCCCAUCUUGUCACCAAAAUCUGGAUACGUUGCUAUAGCCACAUUGGCCGUUCUGAGAGCUGGUGCAGCGAUUCUACCUCUAGAUACCACCCAGCCUUCACACCGUCUUCAACGUAUAAUCGAUCAAGUACGCCCGGAUGUUAUAUUGGUAGCAAAGUCCUUAGUCGCCGUCGCUGCUCGUCUCGCAGUUGCCUCAGUGGUGCCUAUUGAGGAUAGCCUGGUAGUAGGCUGCAACAAAACAACCACGGACAACCUCUCUAUCCCCAAGCUUGAAGAUAUCGCCUGUGUGCUAUUCACCUCCGGCACCACAGGAACACCGAAAGGUGUUCUACAAACCCACCGUGCUCUAUCUUCAGCCAUCAUUAAUCAGGCUGUCGCAUCCGGCUUUGAGGAACAGACACGGGCAUUCGAGUUCGCUUCGUACAGUUUUGACGUGAGCUGGAAUAUGAUAUUCAAGGUCCUGUCGGUAGGAGGCACGCUGUGUGUUCGGGACGAGAAUGACAGGCGCAACGACCUCGCCGGCAGCAUAAACCAGGCCGCCGCGACACUAACUGAGCUCACGCCAUCUGUCGCGAGGUUAAUCAAGCCAGAUCAGGUCCCUACACUUUGUACCCUGAUAUUGUCAGGGGAAGCCGUGGAUCCGCGCGAGUUUGAAACUUGGGCCCCCAAGGUUCGCAUAGUGAUCUGUUAUGGGCCGUCCGAAUGUACGUCGGUUGCUACAAUCAAUCUCACGGGUUCGCAGGCCCAUGGAAUUGGCAAAGGAUUAUCUUGCAUGACCUGGAUUGUCAAUCCCCAAGAUCAUAGACAACUCAUGCCCAUCGGCGCCGUGGGCGAAGUUGUCAUUGAAGGACCUAUUGUUGGCAAGGGUUAUCACAACAACGAACCUCUAACCAAUGCAUCAUAUGUCUGCGGUCUCCCUUGGCAGGAAGGCCGAACUGGCUUCGCCUUUAAGUCCGGGGAUCUUGCGCGGUAUGACUCCCACGGGAACUUGCACUUUAUAUCUCGCAAGGACACUCAGGUCAAGCUACGCGGCCAGAGGGUUGAGCUAGAGGAAGUUCAGCAUCAUGUCAACCAAAUGAUGGGCGGACUCGUCGGGGCUGUGGUUUGUACAAUUGUGGAGCAUAGCAAGGAGCAGACCCUGACCGUCCUGAUGAGUGACAGAGACAUGACAACAGCUCCGGUGGCCUGCGCCCUUGCUAUGCCAGCACCAGCGGUGCUGGCGUGUUUGGAAAAUUUGGAUGAGCGACUCGGAGCGGUGCUCCCUAGCUACAUGAUACCAGCAGCGUAUUAUUUUGUCACCUCCAUCCCCCGCACUACCAACGGGAAGAUUGACCGCCGGAAGCUGGUGGAACUAGUUUCACAGGCGCCGCCGGAGUUGCGGUAUCGAGGGCGAUCGAAUCGCCCAGCUGUCCGCCACGUGCCAUCUACCCCGGCCGAAGUUGAAAUGCAACGGCUAUGGUCAGCGGAGCUGGAUAUCGCAGUGGACUCGAUCGGGGCUGACGACCACUUUCUCGACCUGAACGGCGAUUCUAUUUCCGCCAUGAGACUUGUUGCCGCUGCCCGGCGGCAAGGUUAUGAACUGCAGGUGGCGGAUGUUUUCGCAUAUCCGAAACUGUCUGACUUGUCGCUGAGGCUUCAGAAAAUGGCUACAUUUAGCACACGAGUCGACCCGCCGUUUGCCCUGCUCGACAGUCUGGACGACCUUGUCGUAAUCCGCGGUGAGGUAGCUGCGCGAUGCUGCCUUGCUGAUCCUACCAUGGUCGAAGAUAUCUAUCCCUGCACACCGUUGCAAGAAACGAUGAUUGCAGCUACCAUUAAAGACCCUAUGGCCUUUAUCAGCCGGCGACUGUACCGUCUUCCCUCGGCUGUGGAUAGGAGGAAGCUCUACUCGGCCUGGGAGACUGUGGUCGCUCGCAAUCGCAUUCUACGGACACGUAUAGUUGACGUGAAGGGUCAAGGGCUACGCCAGGCCGUUAUUCAUAGUCAGUUUGCAUGGGAAGCCUAUCCGACCAUGCAGGCCUUCUUCAAUCACGAGCUGGCAAAAACCAUGGGCCCCGGGACCCCCCUAACAAGGUGGGCUCUCAUUGAAGAGCCUACGGAGAAUUAUCUGGUGUGGGUUAUCCAUCAUGCAACAUACGACGGGUGGAUUCUUCCGAUCAUCGAAGAGGAGGUCCGGAAGGCGUAUUUGGGGGAGACCAUGUUACCUUCACAGCCAGAUAUCCGGCCUCUCGUAAAAUAUCUCCUCAAUGAGAGGAAGAAUGCAUCCCUCGAGUUUUGGGAACAAGAGUUGAAGGAUGCACAAGAAAGUUCGAUCUUUCCGACCCUAUUGAGCCAUAAACAUAAGCCCUGUCCGCAGGCGUAUCUAGAAUCUAGCAUUGCAGUGGUGGAGAGAAUUCCUACUGCAAGCCUUUCCGCCUUCUUGUAUAGCAGCUGGUCGAUUCUUGUCUCACGUCUCACAGGUAGCCAGAAGAUUGCCUUUGGCACAAUCCGCACUGGCCGUGCCGCCCCAGUUGAUAAUAUCGAUCGACUCAUGGGGCCAACAAUUACUACAGUGCCCCUCGUCGUGGACGUUGACCCGUCACAAUGUAUCCAAGAUCUCAUGCAUCGAUUGAGCAAGCAGCUUCUCAACAUUGCGGUGCUCGUCAUCCAGCCAGGCAGCGGCGACGAUAUAAGUGAAAUUCGUACAAUCAUGGAAGAGGUGGAUGAAAUGAAGGUAGAAGGAUUCCCUGACCAGCAUGCGGUGCUAAAUCAGUAUGGUUUGAUGGUGGAAAUCCUUCCAGCAAGCACCACACUGAAGCUGAGAGUCAGCUUCGACUCAGCUAUCAUUUCUACCAUACAGGUAGAGCGUCUUGUGGGACAGUGGGGGCAAAUCCUACAACAGUUAAACAUUGCACUCUGUGAAGCGCCCUAUACACCGGUGGCUCAGUUGGACCCCCUGAGUGAUAAACAACUUGACAGCAUCUGGACGUGGAAUCAUGUAGUUCCUGAGCCGGCAACUGACUGCUUCGUCCAUCAGAUAAUAUCCAAAGUCACUUCGAAGCAGCCGGACGCGCUCGCCAUUGACGCAUGGGAUGGUCGUCUCACCUACAGAGAACUAGAUACCCUCUCUUCUCGACUGGCUCGUCAGCUAGUUUCAAACGACAUUGGACCCGGCUGUUUCGUCCCUGUCAUUUUUCCAAAGUCUCUUUGGGCAAAUGUGUCUAUGCUAGCCGUCAUGAAGGCCGGUGGUGCGUUCGUCCCGCUAGAUGCCUUGCAUCCGGAAGGCCAUCUGCGUGCAAUCAUGCAACUUGUGAGCCCAAGGCUCAUUCUAUGCUCCGCCGUAACAAGAGACCGCGCCUCUCGACUAGCACCCGCUACUCUUGUGGUAGGCCCAUCCCUCCAACAGGGGCAGAUGCUGCCAGACAAUCAAGACACCGGGUCAGCCAUCACUACCGCCGACUCCCAAAGGCGCCUCCAUGCAGAGGACCUUGCCUAUGCCGCCUUUACGUCUGGUACCACAGGCAUGGCGAAGGGCGUUAAGAUUACCCACGCCAACCUAGCCGCCGCGAUUCGCUAUCAGGCUGGGCCACAAGGAUACCAGAUUGUCUCACAGUCCCGGACCUUGGACAGCUCAUCUUAUGCCUUUGAUGCUUGUGUGUGCAACUGUUUUUAUACCCUCACACAAGGCGGGUGUCUCUGCGUUCCGAGCGACGAAAGCCUGUGUGGGGAUCUAAGCGGCUUCAUGCGCGACUAUAGGGUUAACUGGGCACAGCUUGUGCCGUCAGUUGCACGAUCAAUCAAGCCAUCCAGCUUGCCUGACCUGGCCAGCCUCGUACUUACUGGGGAGGCUCUUCUGCGGAGCGAUAUCGACACCUGGAGUAGUCGGGUACGGCUAGUUAACGCCUAUGGGCCAACCGAAUGCACUAUUCUAUGUGCAAUCUCUUCUAGAAUCACUACGGCCACCGUAGCCGGAAAUAUUGGCUGUGGACACGGUGCUAACCUAUGGCUGACCGAGAUCGGAAACCCGAAUCGCCUUGCUCCCAUAGGUGGGAUUGGAGAAAUUCUCAUCGAAGGGCCAAUUGUUGGUGCUGGCUAUCUAGGACUAGAUACCUUUCCACUCGUAGUCAAUCCGCCUUGGCUACUUGAGGGUAGCGGACGAGUUCCCGGUAGGCAAGGCACGCUAUUUCGAACGGGUGACCAGGCACGAUAUUCUGAUGAUGGCACCGUCAUCUUCAUGGGCCGGAUAGGGUCAGAAGUCAAGCUACGUGGCCAGCGGGUAGAUAUAAUGGGCGUGCAGGACCUUGUCCAGCGAUGGGCGCCCAGUGGACUGGAGAUCAUAGCCGAAAUUAUUUAUAUGGAGUCAGCGACAGCCCAGCAACAUUCCCGGCAGAUACUACUGCUUUUCGCCAGUCAAACUGCUACCUCGUCUACUGCUGAUGAUCAAGGGCCACUGGAACAGCAAGUGCGGUCUCAUAUCCGAAAACUAAAGCAUGCCCUCGACCCAGCCCUUCCAUCGUACAUGCAUCCAGAAGCAUUCGUCUGUCUAAACAAUAUCCCCAGAACGCGAUCUGGAAAGACUGAUCGUCAUCGCCUUAGGGAGAUUGGCAAACGAUUGCAUCUCGCGCAGUUAAUCUGGAUCCGUGAAGAUGGCCUGCCAGCCCUCCCGUCAAGGCCAGCCACCCACGAUGAAAAGGCACUGGCUAGGCUUUGGGCGGAUGUACUAAAGCUAGACGAACGUUCAAUUUCAUACGAAGAUGAUUUUUUUGUCCUUGGUGGUGAUUCCCUCGGGUUUAUGAGGUUGACCACGGCCGCUCACGAGCGUGGCAUAUCUCUCCUAGCAAAAGAGGCAUUUGAGUACCCGCGUCUUGCUGACAUGGCACGUAGAAUGACUAUUUUCAAUACCCUUCACUGUGAAGAAAGCAACAUUGCUCGCCCAUAUUCGCCUUAUAGUCUCACUCAGGAUAUACCUGACAUGAUCAAGUUUAUCCGGGAUCAUGUUGCGCCAGCCCUGAAUAUUCCUACUGACCAGGUGCAGGAUAUUGUACAGGCUAAUGGAUUCCAAGUGGACUAUAUCAACAAUGAAGAGGAGCCCCUCGGCUUACAAUAUGCAUAUCUCGAUAUUAGCCCCCAAGUUUCAUGGCCGAGACUAGUUGCUGCUUGCCGAUCUAUCAUAGAAUCGUUCCAAGGUCUUUGUGCACGCUUUUUUGAGCAUAAGGGCCAGUACUAUCAAGUGCUACUCCGUGACGCCCCCCUACUAGUCGAAGAGGUUGUCACUACGGAGCAAAUAACCGCCUUUUCCGGCCGUUUCUGUCCUCAAGAUGCCCGUCGCGCGGCUAUCAGUGAUAUCUUCACCAAGCUCACCCUCAUAGACAGUGGUGUCCACCUUCGGCGGGUGAUUCUACGAGUCUCCCACAUGCAACACGAUGGAUGGUGCACCAUAAAGAUUUUGCAGGCUAUCGCACGAGUCUACAACGAAGAUGUAUUCCGUCGGUACUGGCGAGAUCUAUUACAGGGCAGCUCAAAUAUAACACCACCCCUUGUGUUCCGCCCAGGGGGCACACAACCUCGCACACUGCGGACCUUUGCUUUCCGCAACUUCCACAACUUGGCCGAUAAUCGGCGUACACGGCCGACUGUGGUAGUUAAUGUAGCAUGGGCACUUGUCCUUCGACAGUUGGCCGGCCACGAAGAAGUCGUCUUUGGCAACGUCACCACGGGCCGCAAUGGAGAUAUGUCGGACCUAGACUUGGUCAUCGGGCCAUGCGUCAAUAUGUUGCCCCUAAGACUCCGUGUCAGCGGCGACAGCUACAGCGAUAAAUUCAGCCGCCAACAGCACCUCUGUGCGCUUGUUGAAGAAUCAGCGAGGCAGGUUAACGAACGCACCAUGUUUGAAGGCCUAGAUUGGGAGGAGCUGCUAGACCUAGCGGGCGAGCAAGUUGUAGUCGCCUGGUAUGAACUUGUGGCAACGCCGCACUGGACUACUGUGCUGGUAUACCCAGAAGAUGACAUCCUACGGGUGUGGCUGCUGGCAAACCCGGCAGAGAUUGGGAAUGAUGGCGCAGAUGAAAUCCUGCGCAUGUUAGAAGCCUAUAUAGAUGAGAUGUUGGUGGCUCUUAGAGAGGGUUAA